UUCGAAUAUUCCUAGCUUGAGAUUGCAAGAGGUCUCCAAGAGGAGGGUAGGGGAGCCGAGCGCUCAGCUCUAAUUUUCUCCAUCUAUUGCUAACAGGUGCGCCGCUUUCUUCGCCUUCCGCCUUAUCUUUGCCUGGUCCAUCCUUAAAUCCGGGCAUUCUGGCUGUUGCGUUCGAGGGCUGCUGCGCCCGCCGAUUGGAGUCACUCUUCUUGACGCUCUCCACUGUCAUUGCCUUGUGCUAGUUUCGUGAGCAGUAUUUGGUUCAAGCUAACUGCCAGCUGUUAUGCGAAGGCUGUUAUUUUUCCUUAUCCAGUUGUGAACUGUGUUUGUGUUCCGAUUGGGGAUAUAUAACCUGCGGCCCUGCGCCUUCUGAAUCGUAUCCCAAUGCAUUUCGAUGCAACGGCCGUUGUUCUGCAGUGGCAGCACAGUGUUGCCAUCAUUAUUACCGUGAUUCAGUAUGCGUUCUGCCGUUCUUUAGUUUCGGCAUUCAUCAUUAUGCCAUCAUCGGUUGCGAUUCGUUCUAGUGAAAAAAAAAUCUGCCUUGCUUACAUUCAAAGGCUUCUAUUGGCUGGAAUUCUUUUCAACCCUUGUUUCGCAAUACGCUCAGCCAAUCAGUUGAUUGGCUCUUCCUAACGAAAUCGUUUGCUUCGCACGGUUUACCUGGGCUUCUUUUUUUUCUGUCUGGAGAAUACCUGUUGAUUUUAGAAAAAAAAAUGGAAAUGAUUGCCCUUACAUCAUAAUGGAAAGCAGGCGUGGUUGGUGCUUUUGUUAUUGUGUUUGGUGUUGUGGUUGGCAUGAACUGAAAUUCCACUCUAAUCUGUUAGCUCUGGCCAAUCAUAUAAAAAAACGUUGGUUACAAGCCAAAUGGCACUUCCUGGUAGCUGCUGAUUUUCUAUCGACAAGAUCAGAGCUCAGACCUCAGGCAAGGGAGGUACAAUGCCAAGAGCAAAUGAGAUGUUGAGGGCAGAUUCAAGAAUGAUGGUGGUCUUUGGUGCCUUGUCAUCGAAACCAGAGCAACUGACAUUUGAAGAAUCCCUCAUAUUUGUCAAGAAAGUUAAAGCCCGUGACUACAUGCUGUACCUGUCAUUAUUCGACGUUCUCGGCAGAACGGAAUUACCCCAGCUCGACGCCUACCGAGAGUUACAGCAGAUGUUUCAAAACCACCCAGAUCUGCGCGAAGAGCUCGAGAGGUUCAGACCGCCGCCGCCGCCGCCGGUGCCUACCUCAAAGCAGGCAGCAAACAACAACAUCUGGCCCUGGGUCAUCGUGUGCGCUGCUGUCCCGUUGGUCGCAGCCAGCCUGCUCCCGUCACUUUGAAACCCAGUGCUGUGGCUUGCUCAACACCCUGUUGGCCAAAAAAUGGCCGUCUGAUCGAAGAACCGCUGCAUGCAGUACAUACAUUACAUGUGCAGUGGACCGAACCGGCCUCCUGUUGCUAUUCGUGCCAUCACAACUGAAUCACAGUAUUGUCUGUGUAUAUAUAUUAGAGUAGUGUUCUGGAAGGGAACCUGCGUUCUUGGUCAUCAGGUACCACUGGGCAAGAAAUGUAGUCGGUACUUGCUGGCGGCGCGGUGCAACGGUUUGGCCAUUUGGGUUGGGCUUUAACUGCUAAAAAUCAAGCUUGCAUUGUUUGAAUCUCCUUUUGGCAGCC